AUGGGGAUGGGGCAAAGAUGCGAAAGCUCUGCAAUCGAAACCAAGCCUGGGCAUUUCCCCCGCGAGCAGCGGCAGUCCUCGGCGGUGUGGCUGUUGCCAGGACUGAGCGAGCCCGGCUUUGAGGAGGCGCCUGGACCCGGGAAGGGGAAGCCGCCGCGCCGAGCACUGCCGGGUUACUCUGCUCCGGCGCCCCAGAGGAAGCCGCCGCCGCCUUCCCAGCUGUGCGUUGGCCGCCUAGGGGCCGGUUCCUGCCCUCCCAGCGAGCCAUGCGGGGCUCCCUGCCCUCCCUCGCCUUGGCCACCGGCCACCGGCUGCCUGUCCCCGCGCAGGGCCGGCUCGGGCUGCGCCCCACGCCGCGGCGGGCGCCUGCGGGUCUUGGUGGACAUGGACGGGGUGCUGGCGGACUUCGAAGGGGGCUUCCUGAAGAAGUUCCCCGCCUACCCGGACGAGCCCUACAUCGCCCUGGAGGAGCGCCGGGGCUUCUGGGUCUCCGAGCAGAACGGGCAGCUGGGGCCCCGGCUCAGCGAAAAGGCCAUCAGCAUUUGGGAGUCCCAGAACUUCUUCACUGACCUCGAUCCACUCCCAGGCGCCGUGGAAGCUGUGAAGCAGAUGGCAAAUUUGGAAAAGACCGACCUAUUCAUCUGCACGAGCCCUAUCAAGAAGUACCGCUAUUGUCCUUAUGAGAAGUACGCCUGGGUGGAGAAGCAUUUGGGCCAAGAAUUCCUCGAGCAGAUCGUCCUCACUCGGGACAAAACAGUGGUCUCCGGCGACCUGCUGAUCGAUGACAGGCCGGAUAUCGUAGGAGCUGAAAGGAGCCCCAGUUGGGAGCACGUCCUCUUCACGGCCUGCCACAACAAGCAUCUGCAGCUCCCGCCUCCUCGCAGGAGGCUCCAUUCGUGGACCGAUGACUGGAAGGCUCUCUUGGACAGCAAGCGGACCUCCUAGGACCAGGCUCCUCAUGCCAUUCUCUGCUUCAGUUUGGCCCACUGGGCUUCCUCUGAGAGGCCCCGGAACCAGGCAUUUGGACUUCCCAGGCAGAAAGCUGAUAGCUGUAUCCUCAGCUUUGGCUAUGGAGCACGAACAGAACUGCAGUCCCAAGACCUAGAACCGGGCAAGAUCAGUCAAAGAUCAGAAAAUGGAAGCAGCAGAUAUGCUGAGCCUCCAAGGGCAUGGAUGCAGUUGCCACUUUGUUGUCUCGUGCCUCACAAUGUCUACUUCAGCGCCAUCGUAGCCCAUCAAGUGCCGUUCAGCUUCAUGUCUGGUCUCCAUGGUGAUUGA